AUGAGUUACGACUUGAAAGAUGUGUCUAUAAGUGUUUUAGACAGAAUGGAAUCAUUGAUUCGUUUCAAACAAAAGGAAAUAGCAGGGGCCCUUGAAGCUAUCGAUGGAGGAAAAUUCAGAGUGGAUGAAUGGCAGAGAGAAGAUGGUCAUGGAGGUGGAGUUACCAUGGUUUUACAAGAUGGAAAAGUUAUUGAAAAAGCAGGUAUAGGUAUUUCAAUGAUUGAAGGGAUCUUACAACCUUUAGCGGUUACUAGAAUGAAAGUCAACCAUAAAAAUUUAAAAGCUGCUGGCGAUGGUACAGUUAAAUUUAGAGUUCGUGGAUUGUCAAUGAUUGUUCAUGCUAAGAAUCCUCAUGCUCCAACUGUUCAUCUUAAUUAUAGAUAUUUUGAAACCAUUGAUCCUGAUACUGGAUUACCUGAUACCUGGUGGUUUGGUGGUGGAGCUGAUUUAACUCCUUGUUACUUAUAUGAAGAAGAUGCUAAAUUAUUCCAUUUACAACAUAAGAAUGCUUUAGAUUCUCUCGAUAAAGAAUUAUAUCCAAAAUAUAAGAAAUGGUGUGAUGAAUACUUUUAUAUAAAGCAUAGACAAGAAUCAAGAGGUAUUGGAGGGAUCUUUUUUGAUGAUUUCGAUUCCAAACAUCCAACAGAAUUAUUAUUAUUAGUUGAAAGUUGUUUCAAUGCUUUCUUAGGUUCUUAUAUUCCAAUUUUGACCAAGAGAAUCAAUUCCCCUUUCACUGAAGAAGAAAAAAACUGGCAACAAAUAAGAAGAGGAAGAUAUGUUGAAUUUAAUUUGGUUAUUGAUAGAGGUACUCAAUUUGGUUUACAAACCCCAGGAGCUAGAAUCGAAAGUAUUUUAAUGUCAUUACCUUUAAAUGCUACUUGGAUUUAUGAUCAUCAUCCUGAACCGGGUUCCAGAGAAGAGAAAUUAUUAGAGGUUUUAAAGAAUCCUCAACCAUGGCUUGAAUAG